ACGGUUCGUCUCGCAAAACCCCCCCGCACGAAGCAAAGCGAAACCGCGACAAGGGAAGUUUGGGAUGCGCGUUGCUGCAAAUCGGCCGUCCCCCUCCUCCGCCCCGCUCCUCCUCCUCCUCCUCGUCGCCGUCUCCUUCGCCGCCGGCCUCCUCCUCCUCCUCGGCUCCGCGUCGCCCGUCGUCGGAGCCAUGGCCGGCCACGUCCUCGGCGGGCCGCACGACGUCCCCGGCGCUGCCAACAGCGCCGAGACCGACGCCCUCGCCCGCUUCGCCGUCGUCGAGCACAACAAGCGCGAGAACGCGCUGCUGGAGUUCGUGCGUGUGGUGGAGGCCAAGGAGCAGGUGGUGGCCGGCACGCUGCACCACCUCACGUUCGAGGCCCUCGAGGCGGGGAAGAAGAAGGUCUACGAGGCCAAGGUCUGGAUCAAGCCGUGGCUCGACUUCAAGGAGCUCCAGGAGUUUCGCCACGCCGGGGAUGCCACCACCUUCACCAACGCCGACCUCGGGGCCAAGAAAGGGGAGCAUGAGCCUGGGUGGCGUGAUGUUCCAGUACAUGAUCCUGUAGUCAAAGAUGCUGCAAACCAUGCUGUGAAAUCAAUCCAGGAGAAGUCCAACUCCCUGUUUCCAUAUGAACUUCUUGAGAUUGUUCGUGCAAAGGCAGAGGUUGUUGAAGACUUUGCAAAGUUCGACAUUCUGAUGAAACUGAAGAGAGGAACGAAGGAGGAGAAAUUCAAAGCUGAGGUCCACAAGAACCUUGAAGGGGCUUUUGUGCUGAACCAGAUGCAACAAGAGCAUGAUGAGUCGAGCAGCCAGUGAGCCCUUGCCGCAUCGAGCUGUAGUUAUGUAGUUUGUCUUCAAUAAGAAAAGCAGUAAACAUACAUAUCUCCACCUAUCGGUUUGCAAGGCUGGAGCUUUGUUCCUAACAACGGUGAAAAGGCACUAUACCCUUGUUCAUGUUGUUGCUGCUAGUGUGAUAAUAGUACUUACUGCUGAUCAUCAUGUAACUUCAACGAACCGUGGGCUAUGUCAUACAGCUUGUGAAUGUGAAAUCCUAUGUUGGUUC